ACGAGUUUUUGUUUUCGUUUUUAAAACAAAACUUUGUGCAAUACUUAUAAAAUAUUAAAACAAACAUCUGAGUUUAAAAAAAUAAUAGUAUUCAAAAGAAAUAUAUUGCGAUUUUCGUAUAUUUAAUUGUAAAUUUGCACUAUCCAAACAAAUUUUUUUGAGUUCAAAAUGAGCUUAGCAAAAUGGCUGUGGUAAGUCAUUAAAAACUCAUUAGUGAAGAAAAAUAACCAUCAUCAAGGAAAAUAUUCUGAAGUAUAUACACUAGGCAUUCUCUUUUGGUGUAUCUAUUAAGUAAAAAUAACAUGAAAAAAGAUAUUUCAAGACUUUUUAAUAAAAAUUUUGAACGAGACCAACAAAAUCAAUUAAAUAACCACCAUGGAGAAGAUAUAACGUUUAAAUGUGGAGAAAUAUUCUUAAAAAAUAAUAAUGAUAUGCUUAUAGGAUGCACCCAUUGUAAUGAAAAAUUUGGAGUUUUUGAAAAAUUUUUGGACCAUAUCAAAUUAAUACGUUCAUCAGCCCAAAACAAUUUUAAAGAUGAACCUGAUAAAAUUAACGCAAAUUCAGCUAAUGUUAACCGAGUUGACCCAUUUACAGUUGUGCAUAGACCUCCAGACCCACCAAGUUAUGAUGCACCAGCUUAUCAACACUUUCAACAUCAGCAAUAUAUUCCCGUUAAUACAUUUCAUUCUGGCAAUCCUAAUCCAAGUGGAAGCAAUACUGCACCACCACUUUACGCUACCGCUCAAAACUAUGUCAACAACAUGUACAGGAAUUGUUAUGAUAUUCCAGCAUUUCCUCAGCCAAUUAAUAAUCCUACUACUACCACACAAACUCAAAACAAUAAUACAGCGACUACAACUACAACACCAACAAUGAAUGAGCCAAAAGCAAAGCAAGAGAUAACUGAACCCACAGUUGUGCCACAGAAAAAAUAUAAGUGUGAUCACUGUCAUAAAUCUUUUAAUCAAUCUCAAAAUUUGCGAGUUCAUUUAAGAAUACAUACAGGGGAAAGGCCAUAUUCUUGUGAUAUUUGCCAAAAAGCCUUUUCUCAUAAAUCCAAUCUAAAUGUGCACAAACGAGUUCACAAUAAUGCAGUGACAAAACUAGAGGUAAAAGAUUUUCAACAACAACAACAUCAAAUAAAAUGUGAUAAUUUAACAACACCAAUUGAUCAUAAUAAUCAAAAUCAGCCUCCUGAAUUCUACAAUCGAAUUCAACAGCAGUCGCAACAACAGCAACCCCCACAGUUAGAUACAAAAUUUAACACAGCAGCAUCUAAUGCCACUGAAAUGAUUCAGAUUAAAAGAGAAGGAAUGUAUACUUGCGAAUAUUGUCAAAAAACUUUUAACCAAAGCCAAAAUUUGGUGGUUCAUAAACGUAUACAUACUGGUGAGAAGCCAUAUUCUUGCGAGUUUUGUGAGAAAAGCUUUUCACACAAGUCCAACUUAAAUGUUCACAAAAGAACACAUACUGGAAUAAAACCUUAUAAUUGCGAUUUUUGUGAAAAAAGCUUUUCUGAUAAAUCGGCUUUAAUUUGUCACAAAAGAUUGCAUUCAGGUGAAAAACCUUUUAAAUGUCGAUUUUGUGAACGGGCCUUUCCAACUAAAAGUGAUCUCAAACAACACGAAAAUACUCACACUGGCGAAAAACCACAUCAAUGCGAAAUUUGUUUGAAAAGUUUUGCAAACAAUUCUAAUUUAAUAAUACACCGUAGGAUACAUACAGGCGAAAAGCCGUAUGUUUGUGACAUCUGCUUAAAGAGUUUCCGGCAUAAUUCUAACUUAGUAGUUCACAAGAAGACUCAUUUGUCAUGGAAUGCAACGUAAUGAAAUAAAAAAGGAAAUUCAAUGUGUUUUUAAGAUUUAUUUUAAGUUAAAGAAACAAUACUGAUUAUUAAUACACAAACUAAUUUUAAUUAUAAUCUUAAGCUAAUUUUAAUUUGAAUAGAGUUUAAUGUUAAAACUGCAAAAAUAAUAGACUUAUUUUGUUGCCCAGUAAAUGUUUUAAUAUUAAUUACAAAAACGUUAUACAUAAUACAUAUUCAUAUGCAGGGGUUUGUAUUUAAAUAUUGCUAAAAAGAUUACCGCAAUUUUUAGAUUUUAAAAACUUUCUCCGGUGAUGCUUAAGUUAUAAAAGUAUCUGUAUUUAUCAAUGCAAUCUUUUGCAAUAUAAAAUGAAUGUAGAAUGAGUACAAUAGUAGUAUGUACUCAUUAGCUAUUGGUGAGACAGUAUUAAUAUUCAUUGAACAAAGUUCUAGCAAUUGUUUAAAUUAAGCUAAGCUUAUGCAAAAUAAUUUAUUAUGUUUUCAUUUAAUUAAUGGUAUUUUUUUUAUACAUAACGGAAUCUUGUAGCAAAUACUUUAUUACAUCCCCAGUAAAACGUAUUUUAGAUUAAGUAUAUAAGGCAAUUGUAAUUACUUAAAUUGAACAUGACUUCAAUAAAUAUUUAUAGCAUAUAAUAAAAAUUU